AUGGUAUCCGCAAACGUGCGACUUCACGAUUCCACGCCCUUCGACUACUCAACACCGGCAUUUCCCUCGCUGUACUGGCCCCUAAACGUCAAACCAGGAGUUGCAAACUACCUGUACUAUGCCAGCGACAUCUGGCGAUACACUCUGCUAUGGACGCUGAUAAUAUACGCCGUGUUCCACGGGGCGGUUGCGGGGUUUGCGGUCUUGAUGCAGCUUGGGAAGGGCAAGCAUGCGUGGCAGCAUGUGUGGAUUAUACCGCUGCUCUACGCGCUUAUUGCGGGCAUAGAGGCGCUGUUGGCUGGGAGUAUCGUGGGAGGAAUGUUAGUAUUACCUUGGUUUAGUUGUUCAGUCGCUAUUGAGUAUUUCAAUGCUGAUCUGAUAUCAUUCAAUAGUCUCGGAGCUGUCUAUAAUGCUGGAUACUUCAAGAUGUCGACAUGGAUGCCGUUUAUUUGGGCCUUGAUCAAUGUCUUGAUCUUGACUUUAUCUUCAUUCUCUUUCCAAGGUGGUCUAUAA